GCGCGGGGAGAGCCGAGAGCGGACUGGUCACAUGAUCUCCUGUCACACAGUGUGCCCGAGAGUUGCACUUCCGGAAGUCUGGUAUGGAUGCCUAGGGGCUUGUACGUGUGAAUGGGGCACAGGCAGAGCAAGAGGGUGUAGAUGUGUGUCCCACCAUGGAAGAUCCAGUGGGUGCUAAAUCCCUCACGUCAGAAGAGAAAAAGAAGAUAAAAGAAAAGCUUUGCCUAUUACAAAAAGAAUACAAGAGAACAUUCAACCGUUUGAGGCGAUCCCAGAGAGCCGAGCAAGUGAAAACACACAUUCAAAAGACUAUUGCAGAGCACAACCGUUUGCUUAGCCAAGAAGCAGCCGAACCCUGUAACAAAGGAUCUCUGGGCAACAUCACUGACUCUACUGGCAAGGAUGCAGAUUCACCAAGUAAAUCUGCUCCCCCGGUAGUUCCGCCACUGCCCGGAUCAGACAAAGAGAGGAAACCAUGUGUUAUAUUUAACCCCAAACCAGAAAUUCUUUGUGCUGAUGGCAGCUCCCCAUUUUGUGCUGGGAUUGGAAGAAGCAGGGAGGAGCUUGAUGCCACAGAAGAGGCUCAGAAUAUGGGGCAGGCUAAUGACACCAUGAUUCAGAGAAGCAGAUUGACGUUAAGAAGAUCAGUAAAGAAACAUUUUGAAGAUCAGUCAUUCUCUGAUAGCUCUUUGCUUAGCGAUGCACUGAAAGAUGCAGACGGAUUACAGGGUAAAGUGAUGGAUGUGAGUGAUUGUGGGUCAGCAGUGUUCAAGAAGAAUGGAAAGCAUCCCAAAGAGCAAAAUUAUAUAAAUCUGCAUGGUAACGCAACAGGUCCUGAUUUUGGUGCAGAAAAUGUAAACCCUGAAACACAGGACGCUGGGAAUCUUAAAGAGUUAUUUCUGGGUUGCGUAGGCACGUCUCCAGUUAUCAGAAAACAAUGCAAUGACAAUAAAAUACAGGUCAAGUCAAGCUUCACUGAAGUUGGCCAUACAUCAACCUAUGAAACUCUUUCAGAUGACACUGUAACAGAACAAAGCAGACAACUGCUCAACUGCAGGGACAAUAUAGGAGAAUUAUCAAUGUCUGCUAGUAUAGACAAAACACAAGAACCUCCCCUGUCUCCUGGUUUAGACAAAAUAAAGGAACACUCAUUGUCUUCUUGCUUGGGCAAAAUAAGGAAACCUUCGCUGUUUCUUUGUAUGGACAAGACAAGAAAACUCUCAUUAUCUCAUAAUACAGAAAAAACAAGGACACCCCCACUUUCUCCAAGUACAGACAAAAUGACUGAACUAUCCCUGUCUCUUAAUAUCAAUAGAACUAAUGAGUCUGCAUUAUCUCGUAGUAUGGACAAAGCAAAUGGACCAUCGCUGUAUCCUCGGAGAGACAAAACAAGGGAACCCUCAUUAUCUGCUGGUAUAGACAAAUCAAGGGAACUGCCGCUGUCUUCUUACAUAGAACAAAACAAUAUGUUGGCUCAGAAGGACCAAACAAGUUGUGAUCUUGUGCUUGCAUUGCAACACGUGCACACACAACCUAUUACACACAUACCAACUCCUUUGUGUUCAGAUGAACAGAAUCUUAUAAACCAAGUAAACAACAUCCAGGAUGCAACCACAAACACUGAGAAGGACAACAACCUACUGAACUCAUGCACUCUUGUGGAGGGACUAUUAUUCCCUGUUGAAUACUAUGUGAGGACAACACGUCGAAUGUCCAGUUGCCAAAGAAAAGUGGACCUUGAUGCCGUUAUUCACAGCCAGCUUGGCCACCACAGAAGAGGGUCAAGAGGGAAACCAAGGUCAGAGAGAGUGUGUGGAGAAGAGGGCAACAUUCAUAUGUCUCCAUCACCCAGUGCUUGCUUUGCAUCACAAUUUGUAUCCAAUGCUGUGUGUUUAACACCACGCAGUUACCAGACUCCUAACAGCAUUAAACGUGGAGCAAAUCGGGGCCGAAGGGGAAGGGGGAGGUACUUCAGUCCAAAGCUUGACACGCCUCAAGUAUCCUCCUCAUGUAAUGUGAAGAAGAAAGCCUCCUUGAUGGAAUCUGAUGCAGUCACUAGCCCAAUUUCGAAUGGUUCACAAAGUGAAAAAGAGAAUUGUGAGGAACAAGCAACCCCCAGUUUAGAUGGGCAUACCAGCCAUGCAUGUGCUGCUAACAGAACAGAACUGCAACAUGUGACAGAAGGUUUAAAUCUGGAACAAACCUAUAUUCUGCCCAGUUCUGAAAAGAAAAAUACAUAUGGUGUAAGAUCAAGGAACAUUGACAGUCUUCUUCAUUGCUCCGUGCCAGAUGAUAUGGAGGACUUUGUAAAUGGCUCCAUUAUGCCAAAAAAACUGAAACCAAGCAAUGAGCUAACCGAUAACCAGACGCCAGAGAGGCUUAGAUUAUGCCCUGCUCCAUCUUCUCAAUUCCCUGCUCUGAGCAGCAGAAUGAAAAAGCUGUUGUCCUAUUUAGAAAACAAAGAUUUUCAGUUGCCCGAUGAGGAUUUUGGCCUCCUAAAGCUUGAAAAGCUGAAGUCUGUAAGGCGACUGGAACCCGUUGCCCCUCUACCGUCCACUCCAACUGGUAGAACAAGACUUGAUAAUACAACACUACCAUGUACAGAUCAUUCUACUGCCUUUCAGGCCACCAACGAUGUGCCAAAUUCAUGUGUCCUCACCAUAAAAUCCAGUGCAUGCACUUUAUCCGAUGAAAAAUCAUAUCUAGGGCCAUCUGACCAAACAGCUUCUCAAGGAAUCCUUUGCAUUGGAAUGACAAAUACACCACAAAUACACAAAUACAACUCUUAUCCUGCACCUUCAGUAGAGCUUCUAUCCCGAGUCUCCCAGACAAGGGAAAGUCAAGAACUAGCCUCUAUCCAAAAAGAGUUUUCUCUAAACCUUUCACAGAAAAGGAGACAGACUGAUCUCAUUGGCCCUUGUGAGGUUGAUGUGAAACACGUUGAUAAGGAUUCGGUGCCCCAUCCAAACACACAACAUACAUUAGAUAACCUACAUCCAGUAAAUAUAUCUCCAUCGCCUUCCAAAGAGCCGAGGACACAGACUUCCAGUGAUCUGAAACCUUACUUAGAUCCUUGUGAGGAGUUGGGGGCUUCGGGGACUACAGUCUUCCAAAUAAAAGAGGUUGAUCUACAGUUUCCUUCUAAAGAAGUGCCUUGCAGUGUCCUCUUAUCAACCUCAAUGUGUUCCAUGCCUCUAGAAAAACUGGGUGACAGUGAGCUAGUCUCUUGCACCCCAGGCUUCCCUUUCUUGGAUUUAACCCCAGCUGUCCUUUCUGCACCAUCACAGGGCGGUGGCUCUGUCCUUACUCCGUGCAGUCCUAAAUUUGAGAAAGCAACAGCCACCAUGAAUGAGACCUUAUCAGCACAAACUUCUGCAGAUGAAUUAAAAAGACUGAGUGCUGACGAGAGGCUCAAGAAAGAAAGUAAGAGUGACAAAGAGCAAUGCAUUGUAGUGGAACCCUGCUCGGGUAUUGUGUCAAUUAGGGAGAAGAGUCUGCAAGACGUAGAGAGUUGUGCAAAAGAAUUUAAUAAGGAACUAUCUUGCGGAUCCCAGCAUGAAAAUCCUUUGUGGACAUCUGAGGGAGCUCACCUGCAUCUCAUCUCACAGAUACAGGAUAGCUGCAGUGGGGAAUGCAUGGUAGACCUUUGUUCAGUAUUUUGGGAGUUUCCUAGCGGAACAGAGAUGUGCAUUGUGGUUGCUAGCGAAUCUGUCAUCUCUCUCUGGAGACCACACAGUGCAAGACGGCAGUGGGAAGCCACGCACAGCUGGACCUUCACUGAGAUGCCCGUCAUCCAGAUACUUUCUCUUCCAGGAGAGAAGGACAUCAUGUGUGUGGCUUUGGGAAACCUUGAGAUUCUGGAGAUCCGGGCUCUGUUUUCCUGUCCAAGAGGCUUGAGUUGGGAGCAGCGAGUGGUGAAACUGGGACACACAGAAACAGCACGGGGCUUGUCCAGGCUUCGACUAGUCUGCAGCAGUGGCCUGGGCCCAAACCAAGAAGUGGAAAUCUUGCAGCUGUCGAGAAACGGAAGAAUUAUAAGGUCACGUACAUUGCAGUCCCCGGAGGCAAGUAUCCUGUCCUUUUCUGAAGUGAGGGGACAGGCAGAUGCUAUAGUUGGCUCCACGGUUGAUAACAAAGUGGUUAUCUGGAAUGGUGUGACAGGGCAGCUGCUGAGCACCAUAAAUGUAGGGGGACUGUGUGGUGACUCGGCUUGUCUGAGUGCAUUUUCCAACUCUGGUUUGCUUUUCCUGGUCCUCGCCAGUCCUUAUUGCAGCAGCUUAGAGGCAGCAAGGAAAUGCAUUUUUAAGCUGAUCGCAGCCAAUCCCAAGAGUGAACUUUGUGCCCAUGUUUUGUCUUACACACUGCCUGAAGGACAGGAUGGACGGUUGUUGGAAGGUGAUAUCAUUAACCACCAUGCAGCUGCAGUACUUACCAGUGGCUGUGUUGCAUUUUGGGAUUUAUCCAGGAGUCCGUGCUCUACUAUUCUCCUUCCAGAUGCAGACGUUCACUGGUCCCUAGUAAGAUGGGCCCACAGCAUGUCACUUGUGCUGGCUGGACAGAAGAAUGGAACUAUUUGUGUUUAUUCAUACACAGAAUUGGCCCCAAAAGAAGAAAUCAAGGUGUUUGAGAAAAACAGAAUCAGCUGAGAUUUAGAAACAUUCUGCCUAUAAACUGAAAGGCCGACUGGAAAUGGAGCAGAGCAAGAAAGGCACAACAAUUGAGGUGACAAAACCUGUAGGUGGAUAAAAUAGUGAAUUAUUUAAUCAUAUGACCAUGGGUAAUUACAAUUGGCACCGUAGGUCAACAGAAUAAGGGACAAGCUGACAGUAUGACGUCUCCUCUCAGCAGAGUAAUGGAACACGGUGAGGUUAAUGCCCUCAGGUGGUGUCAGUUUGCCUCCUGUCAUUAAUUUGGGUUAUAUCAGGUAAACUGGUGCUCCUAAAGCCCUGUUCUUGCAAAUAUGCACACAGUACAUAGAUAAUAAUUGUAAUGCAUACUAUAAAUUAGGAAUGCACCAAAUCCAGGAUUCGGUUGGGGAUUUAGCCAGGAUUCUGCCUUUUUCAGCAGGAUUUCUAAUUUGUAUAGGCAAAUUAGCGGCGGCAAAUUAGCAUUUGCAUAGGCAAAUUAGGGGCAGCAGGGAAAUCUCGUGCCUUUUUGGCACAAAACAAGGAAGUAAAAAAUGUUUUCCCCUUCCCACCCCUAAUUUGCAUAUGCAAAUUAGGAUUUGUUCAGUAUUCGACCUAAACUUUUGCGAAGGAUUCGGGGGUUCAGCUGAAUCCAAAAAAGUGGAUUCAGUGCAUCCCUAUUAUAAAUAGCAUGAAACACAAUGUCCACGUUCCAUGGUGAAACAAGGUUUCCUGUUACAUAAGUAAGUGUGUGUGUGUGUGUGUGUGUGUGUGUAUAAGUCACUGAGGCGUUCCAUGACAUGGAACUCCGAGGUUACUACUAAUAUCCUCAUAUUUUCCAACUUUAUUCAUUAUAACACAUGUGACAA